CCUGUGCACCCUACCCCUCGCCCUAAUCCUCAAACCAUUGCACACCCAACCCUUCCCUCCUACCUCCUCAUGUGCCCACCUCCGCGUCCCAAACCAAAAGACAUCCACACCCAGCUUUUAUCAUGCCGAACCCCUGACUGCUCACCGAUUAAGUCCACCAAACCCAACCACAAAAUCUUCAACCGCAACUCACAGCAUCUCAAGCCUCCACCGCAACCCAUUAACCAUUCAUCACAACAUGCCCCACACACCCUCCACAAUACCCAACAUACCUCCAAACCUCUUGGCCCCAACCAGUAAUACUAAAUUACUCGGGUUCAAAAGUUGUUUCCGACAUCAGAGUCACAAACUGUAGUACGAAAAAAAAUGCUUAACAGAAGGGUAACUUACCCGGAGCUGUGCAUGCGACCCAUGGUGGCAGACUAGAGGAACGCAGGGAUCACGCUGGUGCAAGAAGCGAAGAUUGAAGCAUGGAAUAAAAAAACAGGCAAUGUCUAGGUCGGGUAAAAAAUAAUCCAGUGCACUGUAGCUCUAGGGUUUCACUUUGUACACUCGUGUUCUACACUGCUGAAGUAGUUUUGCAUGUUUUGUCUUAAUUGUCAGUUUUUCGUAGUAUUUAGGGGAGUCUUUCUGUGGACAGCUGUUGGGUCUAGGUUGUAUGUUUCUGUGAUUGGAUACUUGGAUCUAGAGAGUAUGGCGUCGCCGGAAUUGCCGAACACGGGUACCCAACCGACGUCCUUGGAUACGGAAAUUGCAGCCGUGAAGAAGCGGAGAAGAAUGAAGCGUAGAAAGGUUGAGUGGGGGGACGCCAGCGAUGUUGACAUUGAAUGGGCAAAAUCUCUCUCGGAUUCUCAGUUGGAUUUGCUGGUGAGUGUGAAGCAGCUGGCUAUGGAGCGCGUGCGGAGCACGCGAGAGAAAUCGCUUAAUGGAUUGUUAACCCCGGCUGGACUGCGUACUAUUGGAAUUAUUUUAGAAGAAUUUAUGAUGGAUCGUGUUCAGACGUUGCGUAGUGAAUCAGCCGGCUCUUCAUCUGUGAUUGACGACUUGCGGAUUUGUAUCGACAAUUCGAAAGCUGAGUGUAACGAAAUCAACCACGCGGAGCCAGCUGAAGGGACUUAGGGUUCAGGAUUUAGCAACUUUUCCUGUAGUUCGUAAAGAACUAAAAUUGGAUCUCGAAGGAACGCUGCUUCACGCUAUUGAAGUGAAACAUCAAAGUUUCAGUGCAUCCAUCUCCACGUACAUUUGAACCUGAGAAUGUACUGAUCAUAACUGGGGGUUACUAAUACAAUUAGCGACGACCAUUCAGGUUAUUAUAUUUUUGUAGCGAAGAAGAUGCUGCAAUUGCUGCAAUGAAGAUACGCCAUGUACAAAGCAUUGUUUUAAAUGGGGCUUGUCUCUCUAUUCUAGAGUCGUUCAAGGUGCGAAUAGUUCUUACAAAGGAAUGUUUUGUUUUUUGUUGUGUUUCUUAGGUCUACAACGCUUCAGAGCACUCAUUCUUGGUGGCGUUUUGAGAUUUCAUAGAAACCACCAAAUUGCAACCAUCGACAGUAACAUUUAAGUUUUGGAAGUCGACGUGCAUCAAGUUGAUAACUCGCUGUAUUGACAAGGAGCAGUCAACAGUGGCCAAUUAGGAUUUUAUAGGCCAUGGAACGGCUGAAAAGGAGGUGUGCAGUAAUCUCAUUAAGUACCUGAAAGGAUUUUUGUAGCCAUAUUAGCUAUAGGAUAUUACAAUGUCGUGUUCUACAUUUUUGACAUAAAUAAACAUGGAAAGCCAAUCUAUUCGAA